AUUUCGAAUUGGACAGUUUGCGUUCCUCUUCAAGAGUCUGAAAUGUAGGUCAGGGCUCUGCUGACAUUUCCAUUGACCUCAGAGGUGAAAAUCUAAAGUGAGCGCUGACAGGCAGGCAGUGAGGAAAGAAGACAUGACACAGCCAACAAGGAUGGCAGCCUGGCUCUGAAGUGGAAUUAUGUGCUUCAAACAGGUUGAAAGAGGGAAACAGUCUUUUCCUGCUUCCAGACAUGAAUCAGGUCACUAUUCAGUGGGAUGCAGUAAUAGCCCUUUACAUACUCUUCAGCUGGUGUCAUGGAGGAAUUACAAAUAUAAACUGCUCUGGCCACAUCUGGGUAGAACCAGCCACAAUUUUUAAGAUGGGUAUGAAUAUCUCUAUAUAUUGCCAAGCAGCAAUUAAGAACUGCCAACCAAGGAAACUUCAUUUUUAUAAAAAUGGCAUCAAAGAAAGAUCUCAGAUGACAAGGAUUAAUAAAACAACAGCUCGGCUUUGGUAUAAAAGCUUUCUAGAACCACAUGCUUCUAUGCACUGCACUGCCGAAUGUCCCAAACAUUUUCAAGAGACACUGAUAUGUGGAAAAGACAUUUCUUCUGGAUAUCCACCAGAUGUUCCUGAUGAGGUAACCUGUGUCAUUUAUGAAUAUUCAGGCAACAUGACUUGCACCUGGAAUGCUGGGAAGCUCACCUACAUAGACACAAAAUAUGUGGUGCAUGUGAAGAGUUUAGAGACAGAAGAAGAGCAACAGUAUCUCACCUCAAGCUAUAUUAACAUCUCCACCGAUUCAUUACAAGGUGGCAAGAAGUACUUGGUUUGGGUCGAAGCAGCAAACGCACUAGGCAUGGAAGAGUCAAAACAACUGCAAAUUCACCUGGAUGAUAUAGUGAUACCUUCUGCAUCCAUCAUUUCCAGGGCUGAGACUAUAAAUGCUACAGUGCCCAAGACCAUAAUUUAUUGGGAUAGUCAAACAACAAUUGAAAAGAUUUCCUGCGAAAUGAGAUACAAGGCUACAACAAACCAAACUUGGAAUGUUAAAGAAUUUGACACCAAUUUUACAUAUGUGCAACAGUCAGAAUUCUACCUGGAGCCAAACAUUAAGUACGUAUUUCAAGUGAGAUGUCAAGAAACAGGCAAAAGGUACUGGCAGCCUUGGAGUUCACCGUUUUUUCAUAAAACACCUGAAACAGUUCCCCAGGUCACAUCAAAAUCAUCCCAACAUGACACGUGGAAUUCUGGGCUAACAGUUGCUUCCAUCUCUACAGGACACCUUACUUCUGACAACAGAGAAGACAUUGGACUUUUACUGGGAAUGAUUGUCUUUGCUGUUAUGUUGUCAGUUCUUUCUUUGAUUGGGAUAUUUAACAGAUCACUCCGAACUGGGAUUAAAAGAAGGAUCUUAUUGUUAAUACCAAAGUGGCUUUAUGAAGAUAUUCCUAAUAUGAAAAACAGCAAUGUUGUGAAAAUGCUACAGGAAAAUAGUGAACUUAUGAAUAAUAAUUCCAGUGAGCAGGUCCUCUAUGUUGAUCCCAUGAUUACAGAGAUAAAAGAAAUCUUUAUCCCAGAGCACAAGCCUACAGACUACAAGAAGGAGAAUACAGGACCCCUGGAGACAAGAGACGGCCUGGAAAACUCGCUAUUCGACAAUACUACGGUUGUAUAUAUUCCUGAUCUCAACACUGGAUAUAAACCCCAAAUUUCAAGUUUUCUGCCUGGGGGAAACCAUCUCAGCAAUAACAAUGAAAUCACUUCCUUAACACUUAAACCACCAGUUGAUUCCUUAGACUCAGGAAAUAAUCCCAGGUUACAGAAGCAUCCUAAUUUUGCUUUUACUGUUUCAAGUGUGAAUUCACUAAGCAACACAUUAUUUCUUGGAGAAUUAAGCCUCAUAUUAAAUCAAGGAGAAUGCAGUUCUCCUGCCAUACAAAACUCAGUAGGGGAGGAAGCCACCAUGCUUUUGGGAAACGAUUCACCCAGUGAAACUAUUCCAGAACAGACCCUGCUUCCUGAUGAGUUUGUCUCCUGUUUGGGGAUCGUGAAUGAGGAGUUGCCGUCUAUUAAUUCUUAUUUUCCACAAAAUGUUUUGGAAAGCCACUUCAAUAGGAUCUCACUCUUGGAAAAGUAGAGCUGUGUGAUCAAAAUCAAUAUGAGAAAGCUGCCUUGCAAUCUGAACUUGGGUUUUCCCUGCAAUAGAAAUUGAAUUCUGCCUCUUUUUGAAAAAAAUGUAUUACAUACAAAUCUUCAUGUGGACACAUUUUCACUUCCCUUGGAUAAAUACCUAGGUAGGGGAUUGCUGGGCCAUAUGGUAAGCAUAUGUUUCAGUUCUACCAGUCGAGUAGUGACAUUUCUGUGCUCCUGCCAUCACCAGGUAAGAUUUCCAGGAGCUCCAAGCCCUUUUAAUUUUAGCCAUUCUUCUGCCUCAUUUCUUAAAAUUAGAGAAUUUAGGUUCCGAAGGUGGAACAGGCUUCAUGGUCACACAUACAGGCACAAAAACAGCAUUAUUGGGACGCCUCAUAUUUUUAAUAAAGAGUCAACUAUUUCUUCUUUAUUUUCCCCCAUUGAAAGAUGCAAAACAGCUCUCUACUGUGUACAGAAAGGGUAAAUAAUGCAAAAUACCUGGUAGUAAAAUAAAUGCUGAAAAUUUUCCUUUCAAAUAGAAUCCUUAGGCCAGGCGUGGUGGCUCACACCUGUAAUCCCAACACUUUGGUAGGCUGAGGUAGGUGGAUCACCUGAGGUCAGGAGUUCGAGUCCAGCCUGGCCAACAUGUUGAAACCCUGUGUCUACUAAAAUUACAAAAAUUAGCCGGGCAUGGUGGCGGGUGCUUGUAAUCUCAGCUACUUGGGAGGCUGAGGCAGGAGAAUCACUUGAACCAGGAAGGCAGAGGUUGCACUGAGCUGAGACUGUGCCACUGCACUCCAGCCUGGACAACAAGAGCAAAACUCCUUCUUAAAAAAAAAAAAAAAAUUGGCUUGCAAAGGGAGAGGCAAGUUUAAUUUUCGUUUUAUCACUUAAAAUUCUCUUGAGUAGAUAAAAAUAUAGCCCCAAAUGAUAAAAUAAGUGAAGAAUAGAAACAGAAGAGAAGUUCAUCAUUUGCUGUAUUAUUUUUUUCCCCUACUCCCCAUUCAGGUAUUAGGGAUUUGAUCUUAGUGUGAUUUGGGACUAACAGAGCUGAGAAAUAAUAAUGUGUGGAAUCAUGAGUUGCUGUCUUAAGAGUGAUGGCUUUGUUUUCCUGUGGCAUAGUUGGGAUAUUAUUUACACUAUAAUAGAAUCUAUGAGAGGUAACAGAUGCAAGAUAAGCAAGACAUAGUUUUUUGGUUACAAACCAGAUAUGUUAGAAAAUUAUUGUUAAAACAGGUAUUUGUUCAGUACCUGUUUUGAUGGCAAAUACUUGCUGAACCUACCAUUGCCCCAAAUCCCAUGUCGCCUGCAGAUAUCACCAGCCAAUCAGAACAGGCCUUUCUGCUGAGCUGUACAAGUGGCCUCAGAAGCCUCCCAAGCAGUGUUCCUUAUGGCCACAAUCCACAAGGACUGGGGUGGGAGAUUAAAUCUAUCAACCAAUGAGGUCAAUGUGGAAAAGUGGUUGAUCUUUAAAAUCUGAAAUGCACAUUUUAAGCUGAGAAAUGUUACCCAGCAGACUAUUGUGGUUAAUAUUUAUGGGCAAGGACAACAUUUUCGAAUGAUUGGAACAGUUUAAAAUAGGGUAAAGCAGGGCAUGUAAAUUCAUGCCUAUAGUCCUAGCUAGUCAGGAGGCUGAGGCCGAAGGAACACUUGAGCCCAAGAGUUAGACACUGCAGUGCGCUAUGAUCGAUGAUUAUGUGCCAGAAUAAGACCCCAUCUCUAAAAAACAAAUAUUCGUUCAUUCAUUCAUUAAAAUAAGUAGAUUACCCACUGAAUUUCUUUUUCUCCUCCAACAGUUGUCAAUUUAUACUCAUAUUUAGUCAUUUUAUUAUGAAAAAUCAGUUAAUUUUAAAAAGACUCAUUGCUUACUAUGUCUUUAGCAAAUGAGCAGGCUAUUUUGUUUUACCUUUUUUUUUUUUUUGACAAAAAUCUAAAAGCAAUUUUAUGGUCAUUAAGUAGCCCUGAAAUGAGGUUGACUGUAUCUCUGUCCAUUGUCCCAUUAUUAAUUAUGACCAGUAGCUGCCCUCGUUCACUCUCAGAAGCAUCCCUUAUUUGGAUAAUAAAUUAUGUGGUCACUCAAGACUACUUAAUGUCCAGCAUGUAAGUAAUUCAUCAGAAAUUUAUCUUUUUUUUUUGUGCUGACAAUCCUCUUUAUUUUACUUUUUAUCAUUUACCAAGAGGCCAUUUUGCUCCAAAAGGGUGUUACUAUUCAUAGUGUAAAAAAAAGUAUCCCCUGAUGUAUAAACUCUAUUCUGUUUAUCCUAUAAUAUGUAUAUAUUUUUUGUACUUUGCAUAUUCUGAAAGGAAUAUAUUUUAAAUCACUAAUGAAAUGCUAAUCUUAAAUCUCUUGACUUGUAAAUUGCCGUAUGCCUUUGCUUGAUUCUUUUGCAAAAGGAGAAUCAUAAAGAAGCCAAGAAGGAGGUAGCAUUUGAGACCGAAAUAACAAAAGACUAAGAUAAAUCUCUGAUGUUUGCAAACCUGAUGAAGACAUCUGGUAACGUGAAGAAUAUUUUUAUACUCGGAGUAGUUUGAUCAUCUGAUGCCGUCUUCUCUCAACUCGUCAAAGUCAUUCUCCGGCUUCAUCCCUGGGAUGCAAGGCUGGUUCAACAUAUGCAAAUCAAUAAAUGUAAUCCAGCAUAUAAACAGAACCAAAGACAAAAACCACAUGAUUAUCUCAGUAGAUGCAGAAAAGUCCUUUGACAAAAUUCAACAACACUUCAGGCUAAAAACUCUCAACAAAUUAGGUAUUGAUGGGACAUAUCUCAAAAUAAUAAGAGCUAUCCAUGACAAACCCACAGCCAAUAUCAUACUGAAUGGGCAAAAACUGGAAGCAUUCCCUCUGAAAACUGGCACAAGACAGGGAUGCCCUCUCUCACGACUCCUAUUCAGCAUAGUGUUGGAAGUUCUGGCCAGGGCAAUCAGGCAGGUGAGGGAAAAAAAGGGUAUUCGAUUAGGAAAAGAGAAAGCCAAAUUGUACCUGUUUGCAGAUGACAUGAUUGUAUAUCUAGAAAACCCCAUCGUCUCAGCCCAAAAUCUCCUUAAGCUGAUAAGCAACUUCAGCAAAGUCUCUGGAUACAAAAUCAAUGUGCGAAAAUCACAAGCAUUCUUAUAAACCAAUAACAAACAGAGAGCCAAAUCAUGAGUGAACUCCCAUUCACAAUUGCUUCAAAGAGAAUAAAAUACCUAGGAAUCCAACUUACAAGGGAUGUGAAGGACCUCUUCAAGGAGAACUACGAACCACUGCACAAUGAAAUAAAAGAGGACACAAACAAAUGGAAGAAUAUUCCAUGCUCAUGGGUAGGAAGAAUCAAUAUCGUGAAAAUGGCCAUACUGCCCAAGGUAAUUUAUGGAUUCAAUGCCAUCCCCAUAAAGCUACCAAUGACUUUCUUCACAGAAUUGGAAAAAACUACUUUAAAGUUCAUAUGGAACCAAAAAAGAGCCCACAUCACCAAGUCAAUCCUAAGCCAAAGGAACAAAGCCAGAGGCAUCAUGCUACCUGACUUCAAACUAUACUACAAGGCUACAGUAACCAAAACAGCAUGGUACUGGUACCAAAACAGAGAUAUAGAUCAAUGUAACAGAACAGAACCCUCAGAAAUAAUGCCACAUAUCUACAACCAUCUGAUCUUUGACAAACCUGAAAAAAAACAAGAAAUGGGGAAAGGAUUCCCUAUUUAAUAAAUGGUGCUGGGAAAACUGGCUAGCCAUAUGUAGAAAGCUGAAACUGGAUCCCUUCCUUACACCUUAUACACAAAUUAAUUCAAGAUGGAUUAAAGACUUACAUGUUAGACCUAAAACCAUAAAAACCCUAGAAGAAAACCUUGGCAAUACCAUUCAGGACUAGGCAUGGGCAAGGAAUUCAUGUCUAAAACACCAAAAGCAAUGGCAACAAAAGCCAAAAUUGACAAAUGGGAUCUAAUUAAACUAAAGAGCUUCUGCACAGCAAAAGAGACUACCAUCAGAGUGAACAGGCAACCUACAAAAUGGGAGAAAAUUUUUGCCACCUACUCAUCUGACAAAGGGCUAAUAUCCAGAAUCUACAAUGAACUCAAAC